CUCGAGCGCAGCAGUUUGCGGUGAUUCACUCUGAGGAGUCAGCACGAGACACCAACGGGACACCAAACACUGUCUUUUUACAGAUCGCUGUUAUCGAUUGAAGGAGGAUUAAAUUUUCAUAUUUGGAUAAAAGGCGGACUGAAGAACUGACCUUCACUCAGUGGAACAUUUGGAUUUUACUCGUUUUUCACGUCUGAUCCGCCAAGUUUACUCAUAACGGCCGCCAUCAUGCCGCCGGUGUUGACCAUGUCCAGCGUAACCUACGAUUACGACUACGACACAGUCCAGCCCUGCUUCUUCCUGGAUGGCGAGGAGGAGGACUUCUACCUGCCUCGUCGCAGCCAGCUCCUCCCAGGCCCCGGCGAGGACAUCUGGAAGAAGUUUGAGCUGCUGCCCACGCCCCCCCUGUCCCCCAGCCGGACGCCUUCCCUGUCCGACGUCCCUCUCUCUGCCACCGAACACCUGGAGGCGGUGUCUGAGCUGCUGGACGAGGACUGCAACCCCUCCGCCGCCUUCCUCCAGUCCUUCAUCAUCCAGGACUGCAUGUGGAGCAGCAGCUUCGCCGCCGCCACCAAGCUGGAGAAGGUUGUGUCCGAGAGGCUGGCCUCGCUCCGGGCCCGCCGGGACUCUUCCGCAACCAGCAACACGAACGCCACCGCAGACAGAGCGGCCGACCAGCAGGCGGGCGUCUACCUGCAGGACCUCCACGCUGCAGCCGCCGACUACAUCGACCCCUCCGUGGUGUUUCCCUGCACCGCCGUGAAGAGCGAGGACGGAGCGGCGAAGGAGGUGACAUCAGAACUGAGGCUGGACUCGCCGCCUCUCAGCAGCAGUGACAGUGAAUCAGAAGAGGAGGAGGAGGAGGAGGAGGAGGAGGAGGAGGAGAUCGACGUGGUGACGGUGGACAGGCGAAAGCUGUCGCGGCGGUCAGGCGGCAGCAGCAGAGCAGACGCUCCCCCGUUGGUCCUGAAACGCUCUCACAUCAACAUCCACCAGCACAACUACGCCGCCCAGCAGCCUGCUGGGAAACGCAUGAAGCCUGAGGGCGGCUGUCCGGCGCCGCGGCACAGCGGCGGCCGGCGGUGCUGCAGCCCCGGGUCAGACGGCGAGGACAACAACGACAAACGCAGGACUCACAACGUGCUGGAGAGGCAGCGCAGGACCGAGCUGAAGAUGAGCUUCACGGCUCUGAGGGACCAAGUCCCGGCGGUGGCCGACAACGACCGAGCGGCCAAAGUGUCGAUCCUGAAAAAGGCGACGGAGUUCAUCUGUGAGAUCAGAGAGGAGGAGAGGAGGCUGCUGGCCAUGAAGGAGGCGCUGAGGAGGAGGAGCAGAGAGCUCAAACACAGACUGCAGCAGCUGAGGACUUCACAUUAACGGCUCCGUCGUUUUCGUCUUAGUUUAGUUUUUAUUUUUUUGUCAGAAACGGACGUCAGAGCGUCCAGACGGCAGCCGACAAUUUAUGAAUAAUUAUUCUUAAAUAUUUUGUGUCUUUACAGUGAAACGUACUGAUGCUGGCGGCUGGUCUGUGAUCAGUCUCACUCUCUCUCUGUUUUAUUUUAUUUUUAGUGACAAUAUUUUAAUUUAAAGUUUUGUUCAGGAUUCAGAUGUCGUAUCAGGAAAUAUACAUUUAUAUAUUUUCUAUAUUUGUAUAUAAAGAUAAAUACGUGUCAACUCUCAGCUGAUCAUAAUGAUCAAUAAUUUCAUAUUAUUUUUGUGUAUUUAAUCAAUAAUCACUUCCUAAAGCAUGGUUUUGUCCUGUAUUUUUAAAUUGCUUUAUUAUAUUUUUUUAGACAGUUUAUAUUUUUAUAUUUUUAAGUCCAUUAAAAGCAUUGUGGACUCUUCAAAAUAAAGGCCUUCCAGACAGUGGAGGUCAGUGUAAGAAA